AAUGUUCUAUUGUCAAUCAAGGAUGAAAAAAAUAUAUAUAAAUUUCAUUAGGAGUUAUAUAGAAAAUAAGGCUGCGCUUUUUACAAUUGAUGGAUGUGGUCAGUCAUACUUUGACUGUGGCGUUAUUCCAGAAGUAUACGCAACUGUAGAUUUUGGAAUUUCAUCAAACGCUUCUCAAUGUUUUGACUUCAUGAGAAAGGUUCAAAAAGGAGGUCCACUAGUGAACUCAGAGUUCUAUCCCGGUUGGUUAACUCAUUGGCAAGAAUCAGUAUCUAUAGUCAACCCCAUUGAUGUUGUAAAACAAAUGAAAGUAAUGUUGGCAAUUAAUGCUUCGUUUAAAAUUUUCGGUACAAAUUUUGGAUUCACAUCGGGAGCGAAUACAAAUGACACCAAAGAAAGUAUUGGAUACUUACCACAGUUGACCUCAUACGAUUAUAAUGCUCCAUUGGAUGAAGCUGUAGACCCUACAGAAAAGUAUUUCAAAAUUAAACAGACACUUGAAGAAGCCAAAUAUGCUGUGACAAACGAGAUAUCACCAAAUCCCGCACCCAAAGGUGCCUAUGGAAAAUUCUAUUUAAGACCUUUGGUUAGCAUAUUUGAAAAGGUUGCUCAACGUAUUAAACCAGUGAUCAGUGAUGUUCCUUUACCGUUUGAGGACUUAGAUAUUAACACUGGUUUUGUAAUGUAUGAAACAACAUUAACAGAUGAUCAAAAAAAUGUUGAAAAUCCAGUAAACCUAACUGUGAACACGGUUAGAGAUCGAGCAAUCAUUUACCUGGAUCAAGUACAAGUGGGUACUAUGAAUCGGUUGAAAGCUAAUACUACAAUAAGCUUAAACAUUAACCGUACUGUUCAAAACCUAAGCAUUUUAAUUGAGAAUCAGGGAAGGAUGAAUUUUGGAGACUUAAUUGAAGAUAGGAAGGGAAUUUUUGAUCAAGUGAUUCUCGGAAAUAAAAUAUUAAGCCCUUGGAAAAUGACUGCAUAUCCUUUGAAUGGUACAUCAUGGAUUUCUUCAAUCAAAUCAGUUGAAAACGUCAACAGUGUUAAAUUACCAGCAUUUUAUAAAACACAGUUUACAUUAACAGUUAACUAUACAAAAUGUUUAGACACUUAUUUGGACACUUCAGGCUGGACAAAGGUGUGUUCUUACAAGUUAAUACUGUUAAGUCGACUUUUAUCCACAUAUUUACAAUUUAAAAAAUAAUAUUCGAUAUUUACAGAGUGUAGUGUUUUUAAACAAUGUAAACCUUGGUCGGUAUUGGCCACUUGGUGGACCUCAAGUUACACUUUAUGUGCCAGCUCCUUUUUUAAAACCAUCACCUUAUGCCAAUACACUAGUGAUAUUAGAACUUGAAGGUACAUCUCAAGAUUUGUCCGUGAAAUUUGUGGAUAAACCUGUUCUUGAUGGUCCUAUAAUGACAUAGAUAAAAUGUAUGUUAUAUAAUUGAUUAAG